AUCGACAGUGGAACCAUCCAUUCGUGAGACGAAUACAAGCCAGUUACUUUUGUGCAUAUACGUCCAGUGCAUGAAGUCAUGCUAUUGUUGCAUCUGUCACCACAAUUUUAGCUGUCUAUAAAAUCUAUGAUGGGUGAGAAAAUUUUGCUGGCUUUAGACUUUGACCAUACACUGAUUGACGAGAACAGUGACCUCUUCGUGAUCCGUCUUGCUCCAAAUGGGGAGCUUCCCCAGGAAAUCAAAGGUUUCUACAGUGACAAUGGCUGGAUUGAAUACAUGGGUGAGAUCUUCAAGUUCCUGCACGUUCACGGAGUAAAACCAGACAAUUUCAAGGAAUGUCUGUCAUCAAUCCCGCUAACUCUAGGAAUGGAAGAACUCUUUGCUUUCAUCAAAGAGAGUGACAAGUUUGAAACGGUAAUCAUUUCAGAUUCCAAUUCAAUUUUUAUCGAUACGAUUCUGGAAAAGUUUGGACUGAAGGACACUGUUACUCAAGUCUUCACGAAUCCUGCAAUGUUUGACCAGAAUGGACUCCUGACAAUUCAGUAUUACCACACCCAGGACUGGUGCUCACUCAGCACUGUGAAUCUCUGCAAGGGACACAUCCUUCAAGAAUUCAUCAAAGAAAGAAAGCAGAAAGGUGUGACCUUUUCGACAGUGAUCUACAUCGGGGACGGGUCGAAUGAUCUGUGUCCGGGGUUGUCCCUGAGCCAACAGGAUUAUCUCUGUCCUCGUGUUGGAUUUUCCCUCUGGAGAAAAGUUAAUAAACUGAUGAAGGAAGAUCAAACAACGAAGUCGCUAAAAGCCCGGAUCUACCCCUGGGAGUCUGGCAGUGAUAUUGUGGGACUUAUCAAGAACAUAUCGCCCUAGAAUGCAAAUUUUUCUUGAAUGGUGUUUGAUGCAAGUUUGAAGAAACAAGUCAUAUAAGUUGCAAUGAUGCUGUUGGUAAGGACAUGUAUAUCCCGACGAGGAGGCAAAAGCUGAUGCAAAAAUGUAGAUGCAAUUUAAAAAAGAAAGUUGCCAGUUUCUAUCAAUAUGGAAUUGAUAUUGUUAAUGUCUUGCAAAUUGGAAGAGAAAGGCAAGUUGCCGCUUUUGCAGUUCUGUCUUUGAUGUUGUUAAACAUGUUAGUUUUAAGUUCAUUUGCACAAACAUUUUGUAUAUUUCCAUGUAGGAUUUUUUAUGAAAUGGCAGACAUGUUAGAUGUGUCAGUAUAUUGACCAAAUGGUCAUUGUCAGGGGCGGCCAUCUUUUUCAUAAGUCUGUUUACUAGACAUAUUUCUUGUUGUUUCCUUGGUAACAAGGGUAUGCCUGUUGUUUUGAUUGAUUUGUUGUUUGGGGCAGAAAAUCCUCUCACAUCUCUUCCUUUAAACCUUAAGCUUUCCUGACUGUGCCAUGUUGGGUGACGUGAUACAAGUUGUAUGUAUCAUGUAUCGUAUGUUGAAGGACAUGUAUUGAAGGCACAUAUUUUUCAGUGUAUCAUGUCAAUGUUAGUAAUUUGUAUUAAAAUUGUGUUUGAUGUUCUGGGGGUGUGGGGGUGCUUCAAACCAGGUGGAGUAGGGUAGAGAACUUGUUUUCUAGAGUGCCACAAUUCGCUGUGCAGAGUUGCUUCCCUUGGGUAUCCCCAAAAUCUGGAUUGUGGGUUCAAAUCCUGGUUCACCUCAAUCAGGUGUUUGAUUUGUCAGCAUCCUGUUCAUACUCAUGUAUUGGACCAACAUGGUCACUCCAUGGUAUAACUUGACCUGUCGCUCCAUGGUAUAACUUAACCUGUCACUCCAUUGUAUAACUUGACCUGUCACUCCAUGGUAUAACUUGACCUGUCGCUCCAUGGUAUAACUUGACCUGUCACUCCAUGGUUUAACUUAACCUGUCACUCCAUGGUAUAACUGGACCUGUCACUCCAUGGUAUAACUUAACCUGUCGCUCCAUGGUAUAACUUAACCUGUCACUCCAUGGUAUAACUGGACCUGUCGCUCCAUGGUAUAACUGGACCUGUCGCUCCAUGGUAUAACUUGACCUGUCGCUCCAUGGUAUAACUUGACCUGUCGCUCCAUGGUAUAACUUAACCUGUCACUCCAUGGUAUAACUGGACCUGUCGCUCCAUGGUUUAACUUGACCUGUCACUCCAUGGUAUAACUUGACCUGUCGCUCCAUGGUAUAACUUGACCUGUCGCUCCAUGGUAGAACUUAACCUGUCGCUCCAUGGUUUAACUUGACCUGUCGCUCCAUGGUAUAACUUGACCUGUCGC